CCGGGUCAAAAAAAAGAGAGGGGCCAAUCGAAUCGGAAAAAUCCCCACCUCUCUCUCUCUCUCUCUGUCACUUUACUCAUUACUCUCUGACGAUCAAAAUCGGAUUCACAAAGGGUUUCAAAUUUUCUAAACUUUCCGCCAACAGUAAACUCAAUUCUCUUUAACUGAUUCUCACAGCAGGGCACUCGAUCAUUUCAAGUAGCAAACUAGAUUUUGCAAUGGAUCGAGGAAAGAGGCUGAAUAAAUUCAUUGGCAGCAGUAACAAUAAGAUCUACAUGGAUCUGAAAGACAUAAUAAGGGAGCACACCCUUCCUUUCCUUCCUGCAAAGUCACUUUUCAGGUUCCAAGGUGUUUGUAGGGACUGGAAGCUUCAGAUUUCAACUCCCUUCUUUGCCCACAACCAGUCUCUUUCCUUCCAUGCUAUUUCAGGCUUCUUUUUCCAGUCCCCUGCGGGCUCACCAUCAUUUGUCUCCAUUGACGCUAAGUCCUGUGGUGUACCAGACCCAUCUCUGAAGUUUUUGCCCGAUCCUGUUGACAUCGUGGGCUCUUCAAAUGGAUUACUUUGCUGCCUGGGGCUUACUGGGGAUAAGGCCUACUACAUCUGCAAUCCUGCUACGAAGCAGUGGAAGAAACUUCCAAAACCAAAUGCUGUUCAUGGGCCUGAUCCUGCUAUUGUCCUCGUCUUCGAACCAUCGCUCUUCAACUUUGUGGCUGAAUACAGGCUGAUUUGUGCUUUCCCUUCUGCUGAUUUUGAUAAUGCAACUGAAUUUGAGAUUUAUUCUUCUACAGAAGGAUCUUGGAAAAUUUCAGGGGAGAUAUGCUUUGCCAGCAGGAAGCCUAUGCCGAGGUCAGGCAUUCAUGUUAAUGGUGUUGUUUAUUGGCAGUCCAAGCAUAGUGGGAUUCUUGCCUUCGAUCUCAAGAAAGAAAGAUCACAACUCAUCAAAGGCUAUUAUGGUGUCAAAGGUUCCUUGGGAGUGAUAGACGGAAAGCUUUGUACAGCUCAUGCAACCGGUCGUGCAAUAUCGGUGAAUAUGUUGUCUAAUGUGUACUCUAACACAAUGGAAAUGAGCAGCAAUGCGAGGACAUGGGAAGAGAAGAGUCGCAUCAAUUUAGACGCUGCAGUAGUUGGUGAGCUUUCAUUUGACGAGGCAAUGGUGGUGUUCGCAGGUAGUAAUAAAUUGUUUGUUCAGUCCGGGAAAAGACUCAUUUCUUAUGACCUGAAGACUAAAGAGACUGCAGUCCUGACUCAUGCAGUUGAGUUGAACAUGAGGUGUGUAUCUUAUGUGAAUAACCUUGUCUAUAUCUAGUUAAACCCCUGCUUAAUCGGUGUCUUACUCGUUAGAAACUGCGUUUAGUCAUAAAAAAGUUUGAACUCUGAGAAGCAUCUCUAUGUUAUAGAGUAAUAGUUGUUUGCCUUACAGAGAUGGCUGGUUAGGAAUUUUUGGGUUUUCAUGUCAAAGGUUUCCUACUAGUUUCUGGGUUGUCAUCUAUUACUGUUAAUAGACCUUUUCUGAAUCUAUAUCUGGCUAUAGCAUGAUUUCGGGUUUUGAUUGA